AUGCUACAGAGAGAAAUUAGGGCAUUUUAUCUUGGUUCACUGUUAACAGGAGUCUAUUUCCUGGGAAAAUAUGGGCAGAAGAAAAUCAGAGAAAUCCAAGAACGAGAGGCAGCUGAAUACAUCGCCCAAGCACGAAGGCAAUAUCAUUUUGAAAGUAAUCAGAGGACAUGCAAUAUGACAGUGCUGUCAAUGCUUCCAACAUUGAGGGAUGCCUUAAUGCAUCAAUUAAAUUCUGAGAGUCUCACAUCUCUUCUUAAAAAUAGGCCAGCAAACAAGUUGGAAAUAUGGGAGGAUUUAAAGAUAAUAAGUUUCACGAGAAGCAUUGUAGCUGUAUAUAGUACCUGUAUGCUAGUAGUUCUUUUGCGAGUCCAAUUAAAUAUUAUUGGUGGUUACAUCUACCUGGAUAAUGCUGCCCUCUGCAAAAAUGGCACAACACCACUAGCUCCCCCUGAAGUUCAGCAGCAAUAUUUAUCAAGUAUUCAGCACCUUUUAGGAGACGGACUGAUUGAGUUAAUAACUAUUGUUAAACAAGCUGUGCAUAAAGUUUUUGGAAGUAUUUCCCUUAAGCACACCCUAUCUCUUCUGGAGCUGGAACAGAAACUUAAAGACAUCAGGGAAGUAGUGGAACAUAAAGAUUCAGAUCAGAUUGCAUCUUACUCUCCCUUAUGUCAUUAUCUGAUGCCAGAUGAAGAAAACCCCUUGGCUACCCAGGCCUGUGGACUCACAGAAAGAGACAUUGCUACGAUUAAAUUACUUAAUGAAACUAGAGAUAUGCUAGAAAGUCCAGACUUCAGUACAGUUCUGAGCACAUGUUUAAAUAGAGGAUUCAGUCGACUGCUGGACAAUAUGGCGGAGUUUUUUAGACCCACUGAACAUGACCUCUCUCAGAAUGGCUCUGUAAAUAGUCUUUCUAGUGUCAGUCUUCCUUUAGCCAAGAUAAUUCCAAUAAUAAAUGGACAGAUCCAUUCAGUAUGCAGUGAAACACCCAGUCACUUUGUUCAGGACCUGUUGAUGAUGGAACAAGUGAAGGAUUUUGCUGCUAAUGUUUAUGAAGCUUUUAGUACCCCUCAGCAACUAGAGAAAUGAACUGCACAUUUAUAGGACUAGAUCAUGUAUUUAUAACAAAUCCCUCAUGACUACUGAUGAGGCUUGGGUUAAUUUUGUAAUGGCGUAGGAGUGGUAGCCCAGCAGAAGGAACAUUCUGAAAAAAGUGGGAGUGAGCCCGUAUUUGUUAUGGGCUAUUAAUAGAAUUCUGUUUCAAACACCCAUUAAAAAUAUUCUUGUUGAAAGAAUCAUUGUAUGCAAAGACUUUUCUAUUAAAAAAAGUGUUUAAACUCUUCCACAAUUCAUUUGAUGAUUUUUAUUGCAUCUGAAAGGCGUCUGGCGGCAGUAUUACAACAAGUUGCUAAAAAACCCAUUUGUUUGCCCGGGGUGUGUAAGUUUUGGAAAAAACUAACGGUAGUGACCUAAGAAUAGCACAG